AUGAUUUUAGGAAGAAAAGUUUUCAGCCUAUUAGCUAUUACUUUAGUAAUUAUUUUUAAUAUCAAAACCUUGUGUGCUAGUGGCCAUUCUCCAGAUGUGGUAACUUACUCGAGUUUGAUAGAUGGCUUUUGUAAGCAUCGGUGUCUAGAUAUGGCGUUGACCCUAUUUCAUCAAAUGCAAAAGAAUUUAUUGAAGCCCAAUCUUAUUGUCUAUAAUACCUUAAUUAAUGUAAUUAAUGGUACGUUCAAAGUUGGAAAAGUUGACGAUGCAAAGGAACUGUUUUCUAGACUUUCUAUAGAAGGGUUGCAGCCUGAUGAUUUCACAUACAAUAUAAUGAUCAAUGGACUUUGUAAAGAAGGAUUACUAGACGAAGCAUUCAAGGUGUUCAGGAAAAUGGAAGGGAAUGGUUGCUUGCCAAAUAGUUGCUCUUAUAACGUGAUUAUCCAAGGAUGUCUCCGGCAUAAAGAUUCGUCCAUGGCAAACCAACUUAUUGAUGAAAUGGUUGGCAAGGGGUUCUCCGCGGAUGCCACUACCACAGAGUUGGUAAUGAAUUUAGUUUUGAACAAGUUGAACAAGCCCUGA